AUGAGAGACCUUACAAAGAGAAAGAUUGGUGGUCACUUGGCAGAAGAGCAAUCAUGUCCAAAGAAACCAACUCUAGUUAAACCACUUCCUCUAAGGGCUCCAGCUAAAGUGCUUUUAGGAACUGGCUCAUCAUUUCAACCAUGGAAUAAACCCUCCGGGAACAUUAUUGGCCUUGGUAUUGCAGAGGCUAGCAGCAGCGGAAUGGAGAACAAUAAACAGAACAUAGAGAACUCAAAUUCUGAUCAUCCUGCAAAGGAGAACCCCACCAAUGGUGGUGGUGCUACUACUGACGACAACACUACCAAAACUGAUUGCAACACUAAACCAGAAAUAAUGGAUAGGAAGCUCAAGCGAAUCAUUUCAAACCGACAUUCUGCACAGAGAUCUAGAAUGAAGAAAAAAGCGUAUGUGGAGGAUUUGGAAAGCAAAGCAAAAUCUUACAAGGAAAAGAUAGCCCAACUCCAUCCACAAAUUGAAGCCGAACAAUCUCAGCUCCACUUAUUGCAAAUUAAUCAGCAUAAAUUGAAACUACAUAUGGCUGCUCGUGAAAAGCAAAGAAUACUUCAAGAAGUUGCGAUUGAAAAGAACAGAGCUGAAGUGGAUAGGCUGAGGGAACUCCAAAGGAAAUUAAUAGCUGAAGCUCAGGCCAGGAUGAUGAAUUCGGGUGCUUCUUUGCAGCUGAUAUCCAAUUCCAACUUAAACCCUUCAGGCUUGGGAGGGUUGGCUCACAAAAACUUCGAUCAAGCUCUAAAUGGAGUAGAAACAUCAAAAAGGCAAGUUGAUAAUGCCCAACCACCACAAAGUCAGAGCCAAAUGGGGAUAGCAAAAUGGGAUAACAGAAGAUCAAUUCUCAAUUUCAACUUAGUGAAGUCCGAACCGGAAUCAUGA